CGCUUACUAUUCCAUCGGACAGGUAGCAUAACCUCAAGUCAUCAUGGAGGAGAUAGGUAUAGAUCUCAAGAUGGAGGAUCCUACUCUACCUGAACAAUUGUCGGAAAAGCAGACUUUACUCAAUUCUCUCCCUACCAGUGAUGAAGAGCUUUAUUCCACUUUUAGACGUCUGGAAGCUCAUAAUGAGUUUUUGAGUCUUCAAGAGGAAUACAUCAGAGACGAAACGCAAAACCUUCGUCGAGAACUUCUCAGAGCUCAAGAAGAAGUGAAACGUAUUCAGGCUGUACCUCUCGUCAUUGGUCAAUUCCUCGAAGCUGUAGAUGAACGAAGAGGUAUCGUAGGAAGUACCACCGGAUCUAAUUUCGUCGUUCGAAUACUCUCCACACUGGACAGAGAACUUUUGAAACCUUCUUCCUCGGUAGUUUUACAUCGUCAUUCCAACGCUUUGGUCGAUGUUUUACCCCCCGAGGCAGAUUCUUCCAUAGCUAUGAUGAGUGCGGAAGAAAGACCAGAUGUUAAAUAUUCCGAUGUAGGUGGUAUGGAUGCUCAAAAACAAGAAAUCCGAGAAGCGGUGGAAUUACCUUUGCAACAAAUGGAACUUUAUAGGAAAAUAGGUAUCGAUCCACCUCGAGGUGUUUUGUUAUAUGGUCCACCUGGAACUGGAAAAACAAUGUUGGUCAAAGCUGUCGCCAACGCCACAAAAGCAGCGUUCAUCCGUGUGGUAGGAUCAGAGUUUGUUCAAAAGUAUCUUGGAGAGGGCCCGAGGAUGGUUCGAGACGUGUUCCGUUUGGCCAAGGAAAAUUCACCAUGUAUCAUCUUCAUUGAUGAGGUGGAUGCUAUUGCUACGAAACGUUUCGAUGCCCAGACGGGAUCGGAUAGGGAGGUACAGCGAAUCUUGUUGGAGUUAUUGAAUCAGAUGGACGGGUUUGAUCAGACUACGAAUGUCAAAGUCAUCAUGGCUACCAACCGACACGAUACCCUCGAUCCCGCUCUUCUUCGUCCGGGUCGUUUAGACAGAAAGAUUGAAUGCCCUUGGCCUUCUCGACGAGAACGUCGACUCAUCUACCAGACUGUGACUUCCAAAAUGAACCUCGGUCCCGAUGUCGAUCUGGAAGAUUAUAUCUCCAGACCCGAUCGUCUCAGCUCGGCCGAGAUCUCUUCUAUUUGUCAGGCAUCGGGUAUGCAAGCGGUCAGAAAGAAUCGAUACGUCAUUUUACCCAUCGACUUUGAAGAAGCGUGGAAGAGCGUUGUGAAGAGAGGUGAUGACACUCACGAAUUCUAUCGAUAAUUGCAUAACAUGUUGCAUCUUCAUCAUGCAGAAGUGUUUCCUACC